UUUCGAACUCCACCAAAACCCAUGCGGUCACGGUGUCCACGGUAAUUGAUAAUAACUCAAGGAUGGCUUCAGCUUGCCCGAAAGAGACUUUGAAGCGCAGGAUCAUGCGGAGGUCGCGAUUUGGGUGCCGAAAUUGCAAGCUCAGAAAACUCAAAUGCGACGAAGGCAAGCCUCAAUGCAAGAGAUGCAGCUCGUUCGGAAUAUUAUGCAAUUUCAAGUCUAAUGUCCCUGAUCUGCAGUCCGUUGCCGAUGACUCCGUAAGGUCACUGGUCGUUCCAGAUAGAGUAGCUCUUCAGCCUCCUCCAACUAGUGCUAUUUGGACAUCUGAUGCAUCGACAUCCUAUCAAUUAAACGCAAAGUGCCAAGACUUUGUAACCCGGUACUUGGGACGAAGUAUUAUUACACCAGAUGACCCCAGCAUGAGAGAAGUUAAUGGCAAGCUCUUGUCAUUGGCUUUCACCCACCCAUUCUUGAUGCACGCCUCUCUAGCUGUGGCACUUGCGUAUGACCGCCAUCUGAAUAGCCCAUCAAGCUCUUGUCGUACUGAAGAAGAGUGCUAUCACUGGUAUCAAAGCACAGUUCUCUUCAACAAACGAUUAAGAGAGCCAAUUGAAACGAAAGAUAAAGAUCCAAUCUGGGGCACCGCUGCUGCUUUAGCCGUCUUAACCUUCUCGACCCCCGAAUCCGAUACACCAGAAGAAUCAUGGCCUCUAAAGCCCUCUGGUCCCUCAGAUCUGGAAUGGUUGCGCAUGAGCAAGGGUAAAAUGUCGUUAUGGCGCAUAGCUGACCCGCUGCGACCGGAAAGUCUAUUUCGCGUCAUGGCACCCACUUAUGCUCAGAUGAACUCGCCCCUACCAGAACAAGGUAUAGAUGGUAUAACCAAGGACCUAGCCAGCGUGUGCCUUCUCGACAAUUCCUCUACGGCAGAAAACAAUCCGUACUUCAAUGCUGCUCAUGCAUUGUCCCAGAUCCUGGAUCUCCCCGAUAGCCAGCUCACGACUGGUCACACGGAACUUUUCACGGGUACCAUACGUGGCCCUUUCAAAUCUUUGUUGUUGGAAAAGGAUCCUGUGGCUCUUUUGUUGCUGUAUCUAUGGUAUCGCAAAGCGGGUCGUAGUAUGUGGUGGAUUGGGGCUAGGGCUAGAGUGGAAUGUCCGGCGAUUUGCUCGUACCUACGGCAACAUCAUGAAGGAUAUCACGCUGCACAUGCGUUUUCCCCGGGAGGGGCUUCCGGGGAUAGAUAGAGUACAAAUGGAUUGUUAAGG